UGUCUGGACAGGCUUUUUCGUAAUGCUUUCAAGGAUCAAGGCCUCUUUCCCCCUCGAUGCUGCCGCGAGCCCAUAGUAAUUGACGUGGCACGCAAUUAUCUUCCCAAAGCUACCCUCGAGGCCUUCUUCUGGGCAGAAAUUGAAUUCUCCGUGCCUAACCGCACCUAUUGCAGCAACAAGCUGUGUGGGAAAUUUGUACCUCCUGAUAGAAUCGCGCACGAGAUAGCUUCCUGUGCUGCUUGUCUGGCAAAUACUUGUACGACGUGCAAGAAUGCUUCUCACCCAGAUACCGACUGUCCAGCAGAUCCACAUAUUCAAGCGGUGGUAUCUUUGGGGCAACAGGAAGGCUGGCAGCGCUGCUACAAGUGCCGUACGAUGGUCGAAUUGGAUCAUGGCUGUAACCAUAUGCGCUGUGUGUGUAGCGCUGAAUUCUGCUACUUGUGCGGUGCUCGGUGGAAAACCUGUCGCUGCGACCAAUGGAACGAGGAUAGACUUGUUGCUCGAGCCCGAGCUGAUCGAAUUGAUCCCCCCGCAGAACGGGUUGAGCAAUUUGCUAUCACAGAUUUAGAAGUAGAUCGUCUUGUUCGAGAAAUGGCCGAGACUCUUCGUGCAAAUCAUGAAUGUCGACAUCGGGGCUGGCUUACGAGGAUCGAAGGAAUGCAAGGUUCAGGAACGAGAUUUCAAUGUGAGAUGUGCUCGAGAAGACACUCCAAGUUUAUUCUCCGCUGUCCACGAUGCCACAUCGAGAUCUGCGCUGGCUGUCGCCGGAAUCGUUUACGUUGA